AUGGCUGUCAGUCAAUCAGUCGUUGGCCGCGCCAACGCAGAAAAGCCGCAUGGUCUAGUGGGUAUGCUGAAGAACCCCUACGUCUUCAUGACCUGUGCCUUUGCCUCGCUGGGCUGUAUCAUGUAUGGGUACGACCAGGGAGUCAUGAGUCCCGUGCUGGUGAUGGAGAAUUUUGAGAAUCAUUUCCCCUACCUGAUGGGCUCAACCAUCCAGGGUUGGCUGGUUUCUGCUCUCGAAUUGGGUGCUUGGGCGGGUGCUCUGCUCAACGGAUACCUGGCAGAUCGCAUCUCCCGCAAGUAUUCGAUGAUGGUCGCUGUGGUUAUCUUCACGUUGGGGUCCGGAUUGCAGGCUGGUGCGCAGACUCCCGCCUACUUCUUUGCUGGUCGUAUCAUCGGCGGUGUGGGAAUUGGCAUGUUCAGCCAUGUCAUUCCCCUCUAUCAAGCCGAGAUUGCUCCUCCCGAACUGAGAGGAUCGCUCGUAUCACUGCAGCAACUCUCCAUCACUAUCGGAACAUCCAUUGCUUUCUGGCUGGACUAUGGCAUGCAAUACGUCGGCGGCACCACCUGCAAUCCUGAAGGCAUUGACAACCCCUACCUGCCCGAUGGCUCCUACAACUCCGCUCAGAACCACGGACACACCUGUCUGGGCCAAAAGACCAUCUCUUGGCGGCUGCCGCUGGCCUUGCAGAUUAUCUUUGCAUGGAUCCUCUUCUUUGGAAUGUUCUUCUUCCCUUUCUCGCCUCGCUGGCUGAUGGCCAAGCACCGCGAAGAAGAAGCUGUCGUUGCCCUCUCCAAAUUGCGGAGACUGAGUCCGGCAGAUCCCUUGCUCAGGGCAGAAAUUCUCGAAAUCAAGGCGGCUGUUCUCUUCGACGAGGAGUCCGACCAGGAGGCCAUCCGCGUGGGAGGGAGACUGGCCCCGUGGAAGGCGCUUUUCGCUCCUAACAUGUUCAAACGUCUUGUCCUCGGCUGCGGAACAAUGAUCUGCCAGCAAUUUACAGGUAUCAAUGCGGUCCUAUACUAUGCCCCUCAGAUCUUUGCUUCGUUCGGCUUCUCCUCGACCAAGACGACUCUUCUGGCCACCGGAGUGACCGGUAUUCUGCAAAUCACCUUUACGCUACCGGCCAUUCUCUUUCUAGACAAGUUUGGUCGCAAGACGUUCCUCAUCGCCGGUGCAAUCGGCAUGUUCUGUUGCCACGUGGUUGUCGCUACUGUCGAAGGACUGUACCAAGAUGAGUGGAAUAAGAACAUGGGUCUGGACAAGGCUCAGGGAUGGGUUGCCAUCGCCUUUAUCUGGCUGUUCGCUGUGAACUUUGCCUACUCAUGGGGCCCCGUCGCGUGGGUUCUCGCACAGGAGAUCUUCCCCAACAGUAUGCGCUCUCGGGGCGUGUCCAUCGUCGCCUCGACCAACUGGAUGUUCAACUUCAUCAUCGGUCUGACGACUAAGGAUAUGCUCAAGUCGAUGAAGUACGGCACAUACAUCUUCUUUGCUAUCUUCAGCGCUCUGGGUGGUCUGUUCAUCUGGAGAUUUGCUCCGGAGACUAAGGACAAGACUUUGGAAGAGCUCGAUGUCUACUUUGGAGGUGCAGAGGAUAGCAUUGCUGAGUCGGAUCGGCUUCGGAUGCUGCGUAUCAAUGAGCGCCUGGGGCUGGCGGGAGUGGAAAAGAAGAUGCCUGUUCAUGAUGAGGUUAGGGAAAUGUAG